AUGUCUAUCGAAUAUUGUCAAGAAGUUGCAAACGAUUAUGAAAAAGUUCUUGAAUCUGACGAAGAAUAUGAUGUUAUUAUAUAUGCUGGUGAAUAUGAAAAUGUAAAAGAAAUAUUUGCACAUUUAUUUGUUUUGCGUACGAGAACUGAAUAUUUUCGUAGAGAGUUUUCUAAGAAACGGACCGAAAUAAAGGAUGGAAAAUAUAUUUUUAGGAAACCAAAUAUAUCUCCUCAAAUAUUUAAAAUCAUUCUAAGAUUUAUUUAUUGCGGAAAAAUGGAUUUGACAAAAUUACGAGGUUCCGAAAUAUUAGAACUUUUGAUGGCAGUAGAUGAACUUAAAAUCCAAACUUUAAUCCAAUAUAUUCAAAAAUAUUUGAUCAAACAUCAAUACGAAUUUUUACAACAACUUUUUUCUACAGAAACUCUUGAAAUGUGUUAUCAACAUGAAUCUUUUAAAGAUUUAUUGAAUUUUUAUCUUGAAAUAAUUUCCAAAGAACCUGAAAUAUUAUUUAAUUCUAAUAAAUUUAUUAAUUUAAAAGCACCCUUAUUAGAAUUGCUUUUAAAGGAGCACUUUCUGUUAUUGGAUGAAAUUGUUAUAUGGGAUAGAUUGAUUAAGUGGAGUUUCGCCAAACAUCCAUCUAUUCAACAAGAUGUCAAGAAAUGGAAUAAAGAAGAAAUUACAACGAUGGAAAGAACUUUUCAUAAUUUUAUUCCUCUAAUUAAAUUUUAUAAUAUUCCCCCAGAUGAUUUUGUUUCUAAAGUAUGUCCUUACAAAGUACUAUUACCCGAAGAUUUGACUAAUGACAUAUUAAAUAUCGAUAAAAAAAUUUCUAAAUACCAAAAAUACGAUACGGUUAUCGUUAAACCUCGACAUUUUGCUAUUUUUUCUAGUUGGAUUGAAAGGAAAAAUGAUAAUUAUUACACUGUAAGAGAUAUUCCUUAUCAUUUUAAUUUGAUUUAUCGUGCUAGUAGGGAUGGUAACACAGCCGAAGCAUUUCAUAAUAAAUGUGAUAACAAAGGUCCCACUAUAGUUAUAGCAAAAGUUGCAGACUCAGAACAAUUAGUAGGAGGGUAUAAUCCACUUGAAUGGGAUUUAAGUGAUAAUUAUAAGUCUACAAAAAAUAGUUUUAUAUUCUCAUUUACGAAUAAAGCAAAAGUCGGUCAUAUUAAUCAUUUUGAACAUUCUGUCUAUUGUCAUCGAAAAUAUGGACCAACAUUUGGUCACGGGCAUGAUUUAUCUCACGCUGAUUGUACUACUUGGAGAAGUUAUGUAUCAUCUUAUCCUGAAGUUGAUAUCCCAAUUCCCAAUGCGAACGAUAUGUUAUAUAAUGAAUUUAAUGUAGAAGAUUAUGAAGUAUUUCAAGUCAUUAAAAAAAAAUAA